AAACCGUAUCACAGAUAUUUCCCAGUUCUGGUGUGACACUGGCCCCAUGCUAAUAGUUCUCUGCACAUUUUAGUUUUGGCUGUAAACCUUAACCCGGGGUGAUAGAAUUUGGGGAUAAAGGUGAGGUUUGGCUGUGUCACUUGCAUCUCUAGUUAUAAACAGCAAGGAAGAGGUGGGGCUCGUGUAAUGCAGCAUCAGGGGGAGGAACUGCUUAUGUAACUGGGACAGCAGAUUUAGCCAAAGGAGAGAAGAGGCAAAGGCUGGGGAUGGGAACGGCGAGCUGCCGGCAGGGGCAACACACCCAGGUGGCUGCUCCUAAUAAGCAGGGUGGCAACAUCCAGGGCCCCUGGGUCCGAGGCUGGAAGAGCCUUUGGUCAGGUGUAGGGACCACCAGGUCAGUUCUGGAAGAGCUGUGGAGACUGCGGGGCGCUCAGUGCCUGCAACAGGAGCCUCUGGAGCCAGCCCCACUUCUAGUGGAGAAACCUCUGUCUGAGUGGCCAGUGCCGCAAUUCAUCAAUCUCUUUCUGCCGGAGUUUCCCAUUAGGCCCCUUAGGAGGCAUCAGCAACUGAAGAUUAUAGGCUUUGUGGCUAAAGGCUCCUUUGGAACUGUCUUCAAGGUGCUAGAUUGUGGCCAGAAAGCAGUAUUUACAGUGAAGGUGGUGCCCAAGGUCAAGGUCCUCCAGAGGGACAUCCUGAAGCAGUGCAAAGAUGAGGUUAGCAUCCAGCGACAGAUCAACCAUCCUUUUGUACAUGGUUUGGGGGACAGUUGGCAGGGAAAACGGCACCUGUUCAUUAUGUGCAGCUACUGUAGCACAGAUCUGUACUCCCUGUGGUCCACUGUUCGCUGCUUUGCUGAGGCUUCCAUCCGCCUCUUUGCUGCUGAGCUGGUCCUGGUGCUGUGCUAUCUCCAUGACUUGGGCAUCAUCCAUCGAGAUGUGAAGAUGGAAAAUAUCCUCAUGGAUGAACGAGGUCAUCUGAAACUGACAGACUUUGGUUUGUCCCGCCACCUGCCCCAGGGAGCUAGAGCCUAUACUAUUUGUGGCACUCUUCAAUACAUGGCCCCAGAGGUCCUGAGUGGAGGGCCUUACAACCAUGCUGCUGAUUGGUGGUCCCUGGGUGUCUUGCUUUUCUCUCUGGCAACUGGAAAGUUCCCAGUGGCUGCAGAGAGAGAUCAUGUGGCCAUGUUGGCAAGUGUGACCCACUAUGACUCUGAGAUCCCAGCUUCUCUUAACCAGGGGCUCUCACUUCUGCUCCAUGAGCUCUUAUGCCAGAAUCCCCUCCAGCGUCUACAUCAUUUGCAUCACUUCCAGGUCCACCCUUUCUUUCGGGGUGUGGCCUUUGACUCAGAGCUACUACAGAAGGAGCCAGUGAACUUUGACAUGGAGACACAAGCUACCCAGCCUAGUCCAUCGGAGUCUAUGUUCUUCAAGGACUUUGACUGUAACCUGGAGUCCUACCUGGGUCACCCCAGCUUUGCUUGAACCCCUCUACUGUAGAUUGGGGCCCAUCUGGAACCUGAGGAUCUCCUCCACUGCCAACUCAGUAUGACCACCUUGAUGACCCAGUUUGUUUUACCAUUCUAUUAUUGUUAUCAUUCUCUUAUUCUUCUAGGCAUUUUGUACCAGCAUUCAAAUUUUGGGCAUUUUACUACUAGCAGCCACAACUGACCUCAGCCCUUCCCCCAUCACACAACCCACUUCUCAAUUAAACAUUUCAGAUCAGA